UCCAGGAAGUGUUGUGGGUCCCUAAACGCGGAAGUGUGGAUUAGCAUUAGCAUGGGCUGCUAAAAUAAAACCUUAAAAGUGGUCAAGAAAGCAGAACAAAGUAUAGUCAAGCUUCAUCCAACUGUUUUAUAAAGACAACGCACAGCCCAAUAAUCCCGGUAAAGACAACCACGUCAUCCGUUGCUCGCCGCUGACCUGAGAUCAAGAGGGAUCGUUAGGUUCGGUCCACUCAGCCACCACCAGUGCCUGUGUCUGUGUCUGGGAUAGGGUCAGUUUGUGACAACCCACCAAUAACAGCGUCCGUCCAUGGCGGCCAGCAGGCCCAGUGCCACCUCGGCAACCAAUAAGAUCUUCCAGUUCAAGCUGGUCCUGCUCGGGGAGUCAGCGGUAGGGAAGUCCAGUUUGGUGCUGCGCUUCGUCAAGGGACAGUUCCAGGAGUACCAGGAGAGCACCAUCGGAGCUGCCUUCCUCACCCAGACGGUAUGUCUGGACGAGACGACGGUGAAGUUUGAGAUCUGGGACACGGCGGGCCAGGAGCGCUACCACAGCCUGGCGCCCAUGUAUUACCGUGGAGCGCAGGCCGCCAUCGUGGUCUACGACAUCACUAACGCGGACACGUUCUCGAGAGCCAAGACCUGGGUGAAGGAGCUGCAGCGGCAGGCCAGCCCCAACAUCGUCAUCGCUCUGGCCGGGAACAAGGCCGAUAUGUCUGACACCAGAGCUGUGGAGCACCAGGAGGCUCAGGUCUAUGCUGACGACAACAGCCUGCUGUUCCUGGAAACCUCCGCCAAGACUGCCCUCAACGUCAACGAAGUCUUCAUGGCCAUUGCAAAGAAACUCCCCAAGAGCGACCCGGCGGCGGGGGGGGGGAGCGCGGGCCGGACGCGGGCAGGGGUGGACCUGCAAGACCCCCCGCCCUCCGGCCGCGGCGGGCGCUGCUGCGGCGGCGGUGGCAACUGAUGACGUAGCUGGACGACCUGAAGGACUACAGAAAGACCCGGAUCUCCAGAGGGAGGAGGAGGAGGAGGGGGGAAUGAAGAGGCCGCCCCUCCCAUCCCAGAUGAGAUUAUCUGAUCCCCUCACCACACACACACACACACCUUUCUGAUCAAAGGAACGUUUUUAAAGAAUCAUAAGCUAGAGGGAGUUUCCCAGAAUCCCUCACUCCGCAGGAUAUCUAGCCCGUCUGUGUGUCUUCGCCCGGCCUCUCCGUCUGUCUGUCUAUCUUUCUGUAACUUCUAUGUUUCAGAUGGUUGACCUGUUUAGGUGAACCGUCGUUCUGCCUACCUGUUCCACACUGCCUUGCUGGCUGUCUCAUUUCUGCCUGUCUGUCUGUCUCUCUUCACCUUUUAUGUUUGAGAUUAUCGACCGGUCUUACAAUUUUAAAACAAUGAUGCCUGUAUGUAGUUUUCAUGCCUUUUUGUAGCUGUGCGUGCGUGCGUGUGUGUGGUGUGUGCAUGCGUGCGAAAGGCAGUAAGUCAAUCUUACUCUUCCCGCUGUUGAUUCAAUCUUCCAGAUGUAAAAAUCACUCUUUCUUCUCUUUAUUCUCACUGAACAUACGAACACCAGAAUAAAGGGAUUGUAAUUUCAUAAUCUCUGCAUGCUGGGGCGCUUCUUGGCCACCAGGGGGCGCGAUUGACCCAGAAUUCGAGCGGUGCGUUGACGCAGUACAACCUACUACGAGUACAACGGUCGUGUUCGGUUUCAGCUGUUAGACACCAGAAUAUAUAUAAUAUAUAUAUGAUAUAUAUAGGACCAAAAAGUAAUAAAAACAUGCAACUUUUCUUGACUCAUAUCCAGAUUGCGUUUGUCUUUAGCCUUGUGAUCGUUGCAGUGGAAGGUUUGGGUGGGGAUGCAAAUUCCGUUUUAAAAGGAUCUGUUUCUAUUUGAACAGUUUGGAUGUCUUGACGUGCCUUGUAUAUGUAAAAGAGUGAUUGAAUGAUUACUCUUGCAUGCAUGUUUAAAGUCAUGAUUGCAGUUUCUGAAUGCCGUGGAAUUAAUGCUGAUAAUCUUUAUAAACACCAACAUAUUCCAAGUUAUGGUUUGUGGCUGUGUUAUGGGUGGUGGCGACUAUAUCAUUCAUGAAAACACAUUUCAACUCACUUGGUGUUGUCUCUACGGGGCUUCAGUGAUCUUAAAUGGGUUUGUCUGAGUUUGAAAGAAAGAUACUGGGGAAAACACCCUUCCCAUUUUCACAACUGUUCCCAAAUAUUUGUUCAGUAGGUAGGGCCUACCAAAUCAGUAUUUUAGCAAUUAAUAAAAUAAAUACCCCAUAGCUCGAAUAAACCGAAUCAUGUUACAAAAAUAAUGAAAAAUGUAACAAAUAUUUAAUAAAUAAUGUUGUGCAUGAUGGCGACCACUAGAUGGCAGAAAAGUGCUUCGGGUUUUUCUGCCACGGCCCUCGACGUCUGGAAAUGAACGAAAAAGGUUAGUUUCGACUGAAAAGACAUUUCUUGAAAAUAAUCAUGAUUGACUUUACUGUACCAGGUUUAAUCUCUUGAUUCAUACAAUAUAGGGGGAAAAAUAUAUAUUUUGAAACAUCAGUAAUUGGCGUGUGUGUGUGUGAAUGAUGUGUGUGAAUCUAAUUGGUUUGAUGACAUGGGUUUAUAAUG